CUCACAGGAUAGACAUGGAGCUGGAAGUGCUGGUCGUGCUGCUGCUGAGCUGUGCCUACCCUGGACUGGCCGACAUCCAGACCAUCUACUGGAACAGCACCAACAAGAGCUUCCUGUGGGACGAUUACUCGGUAGGAGUCCAACUCAACGACUACUUGGACAUUGUCUGCCCACACUACGAGGAGGAGAACGUCCCGGGGAGGACGGUGGAGCGCUACACCCUCUUCCUGGUGGAUUAUGAGGAGUACACCACCUGCAAACCGCUCUCCAAGAACCAGGUCCGGUGGGAGUGCGACAACCCCUUUGCCCCCCACGGGCCCGAGAGGUUCCGCGAGAAGUUCCAGAAGUUUACCGCCUUCAGCCUUGGGAAGGAGUUCAAGGAGGGAAACAGCUACUAUUAUAUCUCCAAACCCAUCCACCAUCACGGCGAGUCGUGCCUCAAGCUGAAGGUCCACGUGGGCGGCAAAGCCACUCAGCAGCCGCUCACCAAUGUCCACACCCCGCGAGCCGGAGUCCUUUCGGAUGGCCCAUCAGAUGACCUCCCGGGAGUCAUGAAGAGCAUCGCUCACAAUUCCGCCAGCAGACAUUCCUCACUCAUCAUCGUUGGGCUCCUCUUCCCCUUAGUCCUGGCGCUUGGACUGUGACGGAACAUUCCGGACUAGGGAGUGGACUGUAUUCAGCUGGACAGGGCUGGAGCAGUGCCAAAUGACAGAGCCUGGACGCGAGUCACGUGACCAAAGAGAAGCAACGUCUCGAAGACGCACAAAGCGCUUGUAUGUAGCCAAAGAACCGUGACCGCGGUGCACUUUCCGCAGAGCUGCGCCCGUGUGCCGGCACCGGACUGAUCGCCACUGUGGCCGGGGGCGGGUCAAUAUCUCAAGCAGAGCCUCGCGGGCAGAGAUCUGUACCCUGACCCCCCCCUGCCCUUACCCCCCCAUAAUCUCUAUGAGAUGAAAGCGUUGAGCGCGCAGCUGAACCACUGACAGUAUUUCUGGCGCCGGGCCUGGCGCGGAGGACGCGUUGUGUACAGAUGUAAAUACGGCGGAUUGUAUAGAGUAUAUUUAUAGAGGACUUUAGUAUUCACUGUAUAAACCACUAACUGCCAACCACCGAACAAAGCCCCCCCCCAACCUGGAGGAGGAACUGGACAAGCCUGAGCGAUCAACCCCCAUGACCCCGCACCCUGCGCUCU